UACAAGCAAUAAGUCUUAGUAGAUAAGUUAUUCAUUUUAGAAGCGUAAAGCGUAAUUUGAAGAGACAGAAAUAAUGGAAAGAGUAAUUCUAUUGGUUUUUGAAAGUAGCUUGUGAUUUGUUUUAACUUUAGUGUCAUUUCUUAUUCUGGAAGAUCGAAAAUAACAUUAAAGCAAUUAUGGGAGUAGAAAAGAGAAAAAAAAUUAAAGAGUUUAGAAGAGAGAAUGCAAAUUUCAUGAAGCCAAAUAUGAUUUAGAGGUUAAUAAUAUUUGAUAAUUAGAAAUUGCUCUAUCUUUGAGAAAAUAACAAUAGCUAAUUGGGAAAAUUAUCAUUAUAUGAGAAAAUUAGAGCAAUUAUCAAUUAAUGUAAACAUUUAAAUGGAAAUUGCCUGAAGGAAGAUGAAUUCGAUAAAAUUAAG